CAACAAAUUCAAAUGUUUUGCCAACAUUUCGUAUUAGAAUAGCACAUAAAAUAUAAGUUGUCGUGGAUUUCGCAGUGCACCAAGUUUAUUGAAAAACACCUUUCUGAAUCAACGACAUCAGCAACGAGUUCUAUCAUCUGUGCAAAGCAACGAACCAAAAGGGCACUCGAAAAAGCGACAUAUUCCGUCAAAUACGAAACAGCGGACCAAGUUACGUAUGUCCUAAGCAAUUCCCGCCGUACUGCUGCCGUUUCCAGUACCGCCUCAAGAAUCCUAAGCUACGAGUACAGCACCAGCACAAUAAUGUUGGCCUUGCAGCACAACGUGAACCCAUAUCGCCGGCACCUGCUGGUCCACGAGGUGCUUGCCAUAGAAGGCGCCAAAAAAAUAGUCAAAGAUGCUCCUCACCUUCCCAAGCCACUCACUCCGUCCGGUCAUGUGCCCGUCCUGGUGGACGUGCGAUGCCUGGACACGAAGGCCGUCUAUCACUUCCAUGUGAAUGUUCCUCCAGAAGAUUACGAGGAGUUUGGACGAGAUCCAGAGUGUCAACUCCUGCGGCUGAUGUUCCCAAUGGAACAACUUCCCUGUCCCAUUCAUGGCAACGGCCUUGAUGGGUCGGGCACAAUGGGUGUCUGGCACGACCCAAACUCCGCCGACAAGACUCUGCUACUGUUCGCUCAAACUGGCGUUCACCAGCUGUUUGCAUCCCAGAACCUAACCAUUCCAGCUUUAGUUUCUACAUUCACCGAGGCUCCCACCGCCAAUCAGGCGGACGAGAUUAUCAAGGCCCACUUCAUGGCGGCCUUGCACCAGCAGCAAUCAAGUCCCCUUGCCCACUCGGUGCUGUGGGUGAAUAAGUUCCAGGAGCCUGUGCCGGCUUACCAGCCGCCUCCCUUACAGAUUGAGGAGAUCCAGCAGGACGAGACUGGUGAUUGUGUGACAACGACCCCAGGAAGCGGAAUGCCCGUGCCGAAUGAGUAUGUAGCCGGGGGUAUCAGGAAGCUUAACGGCAUGACCCCAAGCCCAUUGAAUGGCUACCAGCCAGUCCAGAAGCUGCACUCGGAUGCCCACGCCCAUUGCAAGGUUCCCGAACUUUGCCUCGACAGCAGCGGGGCUUACGUGCAAAACGAGCAGCUCCAGCUUCCGGGGCAGCAGUCGAAGAAACCAAUCAAUGGCUUCCACAAGCAGCCCCAACCGUCAGAUGCUCAUCCCCCUGUAUCAUCCCUUGUCCAGCCAUUGAUCAGCAGCGGGAUAGUACCAAAAAACGGCUUUAAGCCAGUCACCCAUACUCAGCUUUACAGCACAAAAAAGGAUUUUCUACAGCCCAAAACCACGUUUGCACAGAAAAACGGCUUUAAGUCCUUUGCUCAAAUGCGCAAACAGCAGCUUUCAUCGCCUCGCUACAGGGGAGAGCGCCACAUGAUGAUUAAUCUUGAGCAGGAGAUGGAGAUCGGAAAACUGUGGGAUCAGAAGUCACCGAACCCGGCUCCUGGCACUGCAGUCUUCAACGAUUCAGAUGACUCUGCCGGGGACCAGGCCCUCUAUCCAAAUUGUCCCCCGGAGAUGCAGAACCUGUUCCGCUGGAAUAUCUGCCGCCUGUGCCACACUACCAUGCGGACGAUGCGCAACGCCAUGGAACACUACCGCUCAAAGGAGCACGAUCGCCGGAUGGGCUCAUUCCGGAUGCCCGACGGCCGCCCUCAAAGCAGCGUUUCGGAUGACAUGCUGCUGGAUCUGCCCAGCACAAGGGCUAUCGACUUGUACUGCGAGCUCUGCGACCUGAAGCUCACGUCGAAUGUGCACGCCUACCAGCACUUCCACGGGCGCCGACACCUGCUGGUGGCCGCCAACCUCUCCAGGCCGAACGGCACGGGCUACUACAACGCGAUUGGCCGCUGGGUGCGUACCGACUGCAAGUGGCUGCAUUGCGAGCUGUGCGAUGUGAGCAUUACUUCCGAGUCCCAGAUGGCCAUGCACAUGGCAGGGGCCCGACAUCGCCGGCAUGUUCUGGCCAGCUACAUCAGCGGAAACAUGGCUGUUCCCUUUGUCGGGCGCCACAUGUACGGCGCUUCCACCGGCUCGAUGCCCGCCCCCAAGCCACUGGGUCUCUCCACCUGCACGUCCAGCGGCCCGAAGGAUAAAGAUAAUACUUGGGCCCCGAACGGCGGCUACUUCUGCGGCACUUGCGGCAUAACGAUGAACCACCAGAAGUCCGUGGCCCAACACGAGCAGGGGCGCUUGCACCAGAAGAACAUUAUCCGGCACUCCACGGGCCACUGAUUGACUGAGUGGCCGGAAGAUCGGGUGACCAGAAACACCGAGAAAGCCGCCAGCAGUACGGGCUAGUUAUCAUAGCGCAGAUAAUACCCUGUGACCCCUUGUAGGGUGUGUUAACGUACUGUGGGGUUUUUAUCAAUUUAUUUCUAGUCCAUUUAAUUGUAUCCGUAUGUUUCCUACCAGAAUAUUAAAUAUAAUCGUACUUGUAUAGGAA